AUGUUUGCCAACGGCCCCGAUCAGCAGUUCUACCAGACCCCAGCACCCCCACCACCGCCACCGUCUCAACAACCUCAACAACAACCCCAAUCACAACAGCAUCAAAGUGUGAUUGUACGGCAACCAGAUCUACCCGAUGAACCAGACGAUGCCGCCUAUGCUGCUUCAGCCUCCUACUAUGGCUUGGCACCGUCAGCAGUGGUUCCUAAUGCCUAUCCGUCUCCGUACAACAUGAAUAUGCCUAUUCCGUUUUUACUCGGUGACUGGAAUCAGCUUGGAAUGGUAGGAUUAUAUGCUUGUCGCCUUUUCUGA